CUUGUGGCAGGAUGCAGAGAACCGGGUCUAUUUAAUAAAAGAGCUUGAUAGGAUAACUGGGCAGGGGCACUCUGCAAUAUCAGUGGAUGAUACACUGAAAAUUAUUGCCUGCAGGGAACAACAGAAGAAAUUAUCAGCUCUUGAGAUGGAAUUAGUAGCAGCCAAACAAGAAGGUUUCACUUCGAACCACUGGUCAAAGACUAAUAAGAUACCUAAGAAAAGGCCCCUAGUGGUCAUAGGAGUACUCACAACGUUUGGCCGCAAGAACAAUAGAGAUGCAAUCCGCAAGGCGUGGAUGGGAACUGGUGCAGCUUUGAAGAAGAUGGAGGAUAAAAAAGGCAUCAUUGUUCGAUUCAUCAUUGGAAGAAGUGCUAAUGGCGGGGACAGCUUGGACAGAGACAUCGACAAUGAAAAUAAGCAGACCAAUGACUUCAGUAUUCUUGAAAACCAUGUAGAGGCACCUGAGGAGCUUCCAAAGAAGACAAAGUUGUUCUUUGCUCAUGCUGCAGAGAACUGGGAUGCUGAAUUCUAUGCCAAAGUCAAUGACGAUGUUUAUGUAAAUAUUGAUGCCCUGGGAAAUUCACUUGCAGCUCAUUUAGACAAGCCUCGUGUAUAUGUUGGUUGUAUGAAAUCAGGCGAAGUUUUCUCUGAACAGAGCCACAAAUGGUAUGAACCAGAUUGGUGGAAAUUUGGGGAUGGGAAAGUGUACUUCCGUCAUGCUUCAGGUGAGAUGGUCGUCAUAUCCCAAGCGUUGGCUAAAUUUAUUUCGAUAAACAGAUCUAUUCUUCAAACUUACGCCCAUGAUGAUGUUACUGUGGGAUCUUGGUUUAUUGGGCUCAAUGUCAAAUAUAUUGAUGAGAGAACAUUUUGCUGCUCGUCUUGGUCAUCAGGAGCUGUCUGUGCAGGUGUAUGAUGUGACUAGCCUCAAAAACAAAAACAACACCACAAAUGCCAGUGCUACAGAUGUUUUGGAGGAUUUCCUGAUGCGAAUCUUUUAGGCUUUCUUGGUGUGAAUGCACACAUGAUACAUUGCUGCAUUGGCAAUUCAUUUUUGGUGGAAUGCCAUUCAGAUGGAAAGACAAAGCUCUCUUCAAGAGUGACUCCACAUCUUGGCAAUCACAGAUAAAGAGAAUCGUAGUUUACAAAUGUGACAGUAGACAACAAAAACUUGACUUGUCGGAAAUUUUACAGAUAAUGGGUACUGGACAUAUAUAGCAUCCGAAGAAAAUGCCAAAUGAUAGGAAGAACUGUUAGUGACAGGUACAUAGGGAACAUGAUGUAUCAUAUUCUGCUUUCGAGUUGCGUUUUUUACAUUGAUUCUUUUAUUCCUUGGAUUUAAACUUUUACCCUAUAUUUUUAUUUUUU